CUUAGCAUCUGUUAAAAAUAUCACGAAAUUGUCUUAAUUGAGCUCAUUCGCAGUCGGCUAUGACACUUGUUGCUUAGAAACGCAGUAGUGGUGUGACAACCAUGGAUUGCUAUGAUCCAGUGACAAACAAAAGAAAAAAAUGUGAGGAUUUCGUGACACCUGUGAGACAGAGAAGUCAGGCCAAUGCGCGCGAGAGAGACAGAACGCACAGCAAUUGUUUAAGUGUAAACACGGCUUUUUCGACACUACGAACUUUGAUACCGACUGAACCGAAAGAUCGAAAAUUGAGCAAAAUCGAGACUUUGAGACUGGCUUCCAGCUAUAUCUCGCAUCUGGGGACCCAAUUAAUGGCCGGGCCGAUCGAGCAACCCUGUCUCAGGCUGGCCAACAAACUAGACCGAGUUUGCACGUUCUGUAUAGCCCACAAGAAGUCGCCCAGUACGGACCUGGAUUUUGGAAGCGACGAAAUUUUACUUAAUCCGGCCUCGCCGAGCGCCAUUUUCGGGCCCAACGACCUCACUGCCAUCUAUUAUUAAUCCAACGACUAACACAAACUGUAUAUUUCUUAAUGUGUACUUAACAAAACAAUUUUAUUAUUUUUA